GUUUGACACUGAAAACACUCCUCGCACUAACAGAAUGGAAGAAGUCGGCAAGCAACUAUGCGAGGCGGCGAAGAACGGCGACGCCGAGAAGCUCAAAACUCUUAUAGACUCCGGAGCUGACGUGUCUUACUUCGACGACGAAGGCCUCACUCCGCUUAUGCACGCAGCCCAGCUUGGCCAUGCCGCCGCAGUGAAGACCCUUCUGGAAGCCGGUACCCCCUGGAACGCUCUCAACCCUUCCAAUCUCUCCGCCGGCGAUUUAGCCAUGAACGCCGGUCACGAGGAAGCAUACGAGCUCCUCCUCAACGCCGGGAUUCAAGCUGAGUUAGUACUGGGAACGAUUGCGAGGAGAGAGAAUGAGAAUGGGGGCUGGAAUGAUGGUUACUUGCAGGAUAGAGUGAGCUUUAGUGAGGAUAAGUUGAUGGAUGCCGAAAACAAGGCGGUGAUGAUGGCAUGGGAGAAUCCAUUAAUGGAGGCACAUGCGAAAGCUGUGUGCUCAAAUGGGGGUCAUGUAUUGAACAUUGGAUUUGGGAUGGGUCUGGUGGACACUGCCAUUCAGAAAUACUCCCCUGCAAAGCAUACUAUCGUUGAGGCUCACCAUGAUGUUUACCAGCGUAUGAUUGAAGACGGUUGGGAUAAGAAGGAAAAUGUGACCAUAAUUUGUGCCCGGUGGCAGGAUAUUGUGCAUGAACUUCCGACUUUUGAUGGGAUUUUCUUUGAUACGUAUGGAGAGUAUUAUGAUGACCUGAGAGAGUUUCACCAACAGCUUCCAAAGUUGCUGAAGCCUGGGGGAAUCUACUCAUUCUUUAAUGGACUUUGUGGAGGUAAUGCAUUCUUCCAUGUAGUUUACUGUCACAUAGUUCAGCUAGAGCUUCAGAAUUUGGGUUACUCCACACAGUUCAUUCCCUUGCCUGUUAAGGAUUGUUUAGGAGAAAAAGUUUGGGAGGGUGUCAAGCAGAAGUAUUGGCAGCUUGAUACAUAUUACCUCCCUGUAUGUCAGUCCUUGGAGGAUUCAGAAUGAUACCUGGAUAGUAGUUUGCACUUUUAGUUUUUGUCAUUGUAACUUUACCUUUCAUAACUGGUUUAUUGAUAUUUGUGUUACCCCUGAUAUUUCUCAUUAC